CCUAGGUCGAGGGUACCCUAUCGACUAUAUCCAACCGCCACCUUACAUCUCAACAUAGUGCACACGAUAUCGAGUCACCUAGACUAGUGGGCACAUUGCUACUUAAUCGAUAUAACUUGAUCUUUACUAAGGAUCUGACAUACAUGACGUUGGUCACUAUCCAGUCAGUUGUAAAUACACCUCAGUUCUGCAGGAGAUCAGUCGCGGUUCUAACAGCUCAGUAGUAAUGUCUUUGACUCCCAACCACCACCUUACAUUGAUAGUUAUAGCAUUCCGAGUAACAGUGAUGUUUACACCACCGAGCCCCCAUAUACCCUGGUACGGCCGAGGGUGGGAAGAGUCAGCUCUCCCUCUCGAAAUGCUCUCACAUGGCCACGUGUAUACAGCCACUGAAAGAGAAGUUCUACCCACUACCUUCUCGCGGCGGGGGUGCUUUUUCACGAAAUUGAGAGGACGAAAAGUGGAUAUCCGGCGCUUUAACUGGGUUGGUGGAUAUAGAGGAUCUACCUAGGGGAGUUGGAAAUCUCUGAUUCCAAACCGAUAGUGCACAUGGGCUGCAGUAUCCUGAGAGGACAAAUGGCGUAUGAACCAAUUAUUGGUCAGCGGCUACCAUGGGACUGCAUCUCCUUACGUUGCUCCACUGCCUUGUGGAUCAGACCUUUAGGUUAAAGGCUCCGGGUGUGGUCUUUUAAGAUAACCACCUUCUUCGAUCUGGCACACAGGCAGUAUCACAGCCCACAUACAAAUCAAGUGGCUUACUUGUGUGGCGCAUAUGUAUUCGGUGCUCCUUUGUACCAAUAUUUAUGUGUUCAAAUAAAUAAAACCACCGAGAAGUUAAUCUGCAGCUGAUAGACGCACAAGUUUCUGUUGUAGUACAUUAGUGGGUGAAUAUUUUCCAUCCAAGAUUAUUAAACAAGAAUACGCUUCACAAGAACUAACUGUCUACACUAAGCUCUAUAGUCCUAAUAGGGCGAUAUCUGCUGGUCAUAAAGCAGGGGUUCCUUUUAGUUUUGAUUUCAAAUGUCUUACAUACUGUUCAGCAGUCAGCUCUUUUUUGUUUCGUAGAUAUAGAAAGUAGCUACCAAAUCCAGACAACUGAUUACCAUUCAUAUCUAAGUAUCAAUCACUUGGUUUUGUAUUAAAUAUACCAUCUGAAAGAUGAAAGUAAUGUGACAAUAGAUUAGUACGUUUGAAAUUAAAUAAGAUUUGGAUUCACGACCUAUCAGAUUUUGGCAUUUACUGUUGUCGAAAAUAUUCGAUAACACUGAAUUGAUUUGCAUGUAGAGUUCAGCAACAAACGUUUCUAUUGUAAGAUAAUUAUCUGUUUAUUUAGCUAUCAGAGGAGAAAAUUAAAGUAAUUCUACGUGCUGGAACCCAUAAACCAUGUGAACACGAUCGGGUCAUUGUCGACGUCUCACUUGUUGUUGAUGCCAAAGUGAUUCUCCAGAACCAGAAUAUUACUUUUGAUGUGGGGCAUGCAGAGGAUUUUGGAGUUAUGAAGGUUGUGGAUAAUAUAGUCCAAGAAAUGGGCUGUGGGGAACAGUGUGAAGUGACUCUUACAUCUGACUACACCUUCACAGAUUUGGAGAAGACAUUUUUGAAAAUCGAUGAUGCAUGUUUCCACAAAAUAUUGUUUAACAUAUAUCUCCAAGAUGUCAAAAAGCUUGCAGAGUUUUGGCAAAUGUCUGAAAGUGAAAAGUUUAUUGUUGCUGAUGUGAUGAAAUAUCGUGGUAAUAAACUUCUGAAUUGGUUACUCUUCUUUUCGUUAUAUUCAGUCAAUAAAUGGAUUCGGGUGCUGCGAUUGCAGAGUGAUAUUUGUUAUCAAACAUUAACCACCUACUAUCUCAAUAAACAAAAAUGGUUUCUCUUCAGUAUAUGUUGGACUCUAUAGCUUCUACUCUGCUCUAAGUAUUUUGUAGAUCUGUGGUGUGCAGUCAGUAUCCCUUAGUCCGACUAAUUUGAUUAAUAAUGUCUGUUAAUAAAUAAAAAUAGGUUGUCUCUGUAAAUCGUUUUCUAGUUGUGACUCAUUCUAACAGCCAGCGUCUUUACAAACUGAUUCCAUGCCUUAGUUUAGCCGCUCCUAGCUUGCUCCCAACCUAUUUCUAAACCAGCCAUCAUAGCUCAUCUAGGUAGUUGGUGGGUGGAUAUACUUAAUACGUGUCCUAAUCACCUCAGUCGAUAAAGAUUUACUAUCUCGACAAUUGAUUUACCAUCCUCAACUAGUGCUCUGCGUUUAACCUCACAAUAAGUAACUCGUUGAUCCAAAAAAGUAUACGAGCAGUGAUCCGAGGACACUUAUGGUCGAAUACUAGUGACCUACGUAUAUCUUCUAUUUUUAAAGACCACCUUUCACAGACAUAAAGUGGUACGGAACUAA